AUGGACGCCGCAAAUAAGUUACCAAAAAUAAAAGAUCAAGAAAAAGAAAGCAAAUUUGGUUAUGUUUUCGCCGUGUCAGGACCCGGUGAGUACUGAUCAGAUCACAGCGAUCGAACAUGCAUCAUUUACAAUGCAUAGCAAUUCCUCAGCUGUUUCUUUGCUGUACGUUAAGUACAUCAGUCUUAUAUUGAUCUGUCAUUUUUCUUUGUAGUCGUGACGGCAGAAAAUAUGAGCGGUGCUGCUAUGUACGAGUUGGUGAGUGUGAAAAUCUAAAGCUCAAAAGAUCUUCCUUAUGGAUUUGUCAAAGUUCGCUGAAAUGUAUUAAAUAAACUUUCCUCUUCUUCCAGCUGUGAAGUUUUAUAUUUUAAGUUUUUCAAGCUUCUCCGGCCAUUUUUAUUCACAUGGAAGAUUAUGCCACUCUUUGUCGUUGAACUCAACUGAUCAAGUGUGUGACUACGUAUAAAACUUAAUCUCCACUUCCUCCCCUUAUAACUAUUGUAAAUUGUCUGGUCAAUUAUCAGAGAAAGCUCGCAGUACGCACAAAAAAUUCUAUAUUAUUUUGAUUUCUAAGGCAUGAGAAUCAUUGUUGUGAUUUACAAAGCACAUCCAAGUGUAAUCACUAGUCUUGUAGCAAUAGUACCCCUUACCAUAUUUAUUUUCCACUCUUUUAAACUUCUACAGCCACAUUCAUUCUGGAGUAACUGAAAGGAGUACAAACUUGCCCAUGGUAUUAUGGUUAUUACAUAACAUGACAACUAAUAUCUCUUUUCAGGGUGCUUCUCCAGAGCUCUGCUUUUUUUUUCAUUAUUAGCUCAUGGAAAGCUGAAGCCUAGUGCUAGAUAUUUUCCCUUUUCUUUUUCAAGUCUCUUACGUGUUGCUAGUGCAAGAGUGACAGCACAGAUAUGCACACUUGGUUAUGAUCAACCGAGAGAUGCGCAUAUAUUUUAGGUAGAUGUAUGCGGAUAUCUCAGAAGUAACACUGGCAAUUAGCCAUGGAUAAAUUAUUUUCCGCACCCCUUCGAAACAGGCAUUUUUGCCCGAUUCAUACCAGUUUGUGUGAACAUUUUUGCCUAAAAGUGUUGUGACUUAGAAGUACAUUUUUUACCCUGUAUUCGAGUACAUUUUUGUCUGAUUGAUCAAAUUAUUUCAAUAAUCAAAAUGAUAAUUGACCAAACUAUUUUAUGGGUGAUUGUUUUCUGUAGCACAGUCUCUAUGGCUUAAAACAUCUAGCACUAAGCCUUUGCUUGCUUUAAUUUUAUAUUUGUAUUGAUUAUUGUUACAUCAUUUUCCUGUGGUCUAUUCUGCCUACAGAUUCAUUAUCAUUGUUAAAAAAACCUUGAACGUUCCAAGGCCUGCACUACUCUACAGGUUUAAAAAUUAUUGAUUAUUUCUUACAUGUAUUUUAUCUAAAUCAGGUCCGUGUUGGACACAGUGAAUUGGUUGGAGAGAUUAUUCGCCUGGAGGGAGACAUGGCAACAAUUCAGGUUUACGAAGAAACUUGUAUCCAAUAUGCGUUUCUUAAAAUUACAACAUCACCAUUUUCCAAGCUUUUUUUCCUAAAUAUUUUAAGAUGAUUGAGCUGUCUCUAAAACCCUUAUCAUAAUAAUGAAAGUUUUUGGUUUUAGCCCUAAGAGUGAUGUCUUUUAAAAUGCUUUGUAAAAAAUGGUUUUGGACAAUCACACAAGAUGAAUUUUGUUUGAUAUUUUAUCAAAUUGAAUAGGGACAACAAAUGAGAACAAUUUUGAUCGGUUGGAAGAAUUUUCAUUUGAAGUUAUUACUUUGUCCAACAGUCAAGCAGAUUUCAAGUUUUAGUUUUUAUCCCAGUGUUGCGGUUAAUGUGUUUGAUGGUCCCUUUUUACUUUGGGUUGACAUCUCACUAAGAUCAGCAAAGGUUUUAUUAUUUAAUAUUCCUUAACAAGCAUCUUUACAGCUGGUGUAACUGUUGGUGAUCCUGUACUAAGAACUGGAAAACCUCUGUCAGUUGAACUUGGACCAGGUACUGUAACAGUUUAGUUAUGCUGUUUGCCCAUAGAAAACAGGAGUACACUGUAACUGUAAUAAAUAUAUAUCUUAUUUAUUUUGUUGUUUUUGUGAAGUAAAGAAUAAAUAAUUAAGUGAGUAAGUAAAUAAUUACAGUAUUAACAGAAAUCAUUACUGCCCAUGGUGUGCUGGUGGGUUAGAAGAUCUUCAAAACUGCUUCUGUGUAUUAUUAAAGCAAUAUGUGUUUUGCUAAUGGCAUAAAAAGGCUAUGAUAUACGGUCAAACCUUCCUGAAGCAACCACCCAAAAUGGAAGUCACUUAUGAGAAGUGGUAUAUUAUGUGAAUCAAACCACAGGAGGCUUCUUUCAAAAAGAGGUCCAGACCCUCUACAUUUCUAAAGAGAACAUUAUUGCAUGCAAUAAUUUCAAAGCAAAUGUAAUGUGAAGUUCACCUCUAACAGAUCUUCAGAUUAAUUUACCCCUGAGGUAAUCUUGUAUUUGGGACCCAAAUACCAGUGUGGUACCACGUACAGCAAACAUAGAGAUGAGAUCAUGUGGCAAGUUACCAGUGGUUAAAAAUGAUGGAAAUCCUUCUAGGGAGGGUUAUGUACUUGGUCUGAAUUUUAUAGCUCAGGGCCCGGUUCCUGAAAGGCCUAUUAGCGCUAAUCCAGGAUUAAGAUUGUGUUCCCCUUUCUGGAUUUACCUUCCUAUGGUCUUAGAGAAAAUUUUUUUCAAAGCGCAGAGUAAAGGUUCAUUUUUGCUUGAGUUAUUUAACAAGAAAAGCUUAAAAAGGAGGUUAAACUUAACCAUCUUUCUAAGAACCGGGCCCAGGUCAUUUUGCAUCUUGAGAAGAAGGCAAUGUUGCUAAAUUAAGCUAUAGCAUUUGAGAUUGUUUUUGUUGCUCUCGGAUUUUCAACCCAUCUUCAUGUCGAUUGUUGCCAUUUCAUCUGUCUUAUGUCACCGUUUCAAGCCCAUGUUGCUUGUUGGAAUUUUACCCCGACAGGGCCUCAUUAAAACCAUGAUGACCCAUUUGCAGAGUGAAGAAAUCUUUCAAGUCAUACCAGAAUGAGCACAAUUCAGUCAAGGACACCGGAGAAACAAGCAAAAAACCACCUGACAUUGACCUGAAAAUCUCCAUGAAAAUCUUGCUCCAUUACCCACCUACCUUUCCUUUCACCUAAUCCUAAGAUCCUAAAAGCUUUCGUAAAAACUCUUGCCACCAAAAUGAAGCCUACUAAAUGCCCAGCAAGAGAAAAAAAAAUGAGGCAAUUAAAGCGAAAAAAGAAGGGAGGAGAGAAAGUAAAAGUCAAAAUUUUGCUUUCUGCGCAUGCCCGAACUUCGCAAGCUCAUAUUUUGCAUCUGGAUCAGAAGGCCGCCAAGUGUACGACCUGGAAACCGGUUUGUGGUAAGCUUUAGCUCUUUAUAGCACGACAAAGACCAGAAAACCACUCGACUAGCUUCAAAACGCGUUUUUCAGCAAAAUCUCCAGGAGCGAAUGGGUUAAAUAGUGGUUGCAGUUGCUCAUGAGACAUGGCAGGGUUUUCAUUUAGAAUUCUAGUAGCAGGAGAAAGGUGUAACAUUACAGGAGAAUAUUUUAAAAAAAGCUCCGCGUCGGAAUAAAAAGUAGUCAUAUGCUACCAAACGCUAGCCGGAGAAUUUAGCUUAGUAAAGGGAGUCUAAAUUCUCCAAUCUCUGAUACUUAAUGAACACCCUGCAUGGUCAUUAAUUUGGGUUAGAUUUAAGAGGCUCAUUUUUCAAUGUUGUUUUUAAUAUUGUUGCUGAUAAAAAAAUUCAACAGGAAUUUUGGGAAGUAUUUUUGAUGGAAUCCAGCGGCCUCUGAAGGUAUGUUGAACAUCUGAACCAUUCACAUAUCAACCUCCCAUGUCUAUCCCUGUCCCUUGUUCUGCUUGUGUUGUCAUCAGUGGUCAUAGACUACUUCGAUACCUAACUGGUGCAGGGGGAACAGAUCUUUCCAACCAUACUGAAUGAGCAUUAUUCAGUCAACCUGGGCCAGUCUGGUUAAAAAAAAGACUGUUAAGACUUAUCAAAAUGUGGUUUCCAUUUUUAAUGCUGGUUAGCAAAACCAUGCACCAUAUCAAGGGGCCAGGAAGGGUCAUCUCUAAACCAAUUCUUUUAAGCCCCGUGCAAACGGACGCAACAUUGUUGGCCAACAACUCCCAGCAUUGUUGGAUGUUACAUGUUACAUCCAUUUCUACACCCUGUUGCAUGUUGUUGUGCAAAGUUUGAAACCGGUCAAACUUUUCAGCCAACAACUCCCAACAUUUCUUUUGUUCCGUGAUCACCAAAGCGUCACACAACAAUGUUGGGUCCAUUUACACAGCUCUUCCAACAUUGUUGGGGCCACACAUGCUCAUUACGCAUGGUUUACAAAGACUUAUGGGUUGUAUCCUUCCCACGAAGCACUGUAGGUCCCAACAUUGUUGGGAGUUUUUGUAUCCAUUUGCACACCACUGCCAUCGUGGACGCAAGAACUCCCAACAUUGCUGGUGCAACAAUGUUGGGAGUUGUUACAUCUGUUUGCACGCAGCCUUAGCCUUUUCACAGUCAAAAUGAAUUAAGGACUCAGUAAGCUUGUGUUACACCAGACCAUAGGACCAUUCAAUUAUCAGUGCAUAUGGCUCAAGUCCCUGUUUUGUAUACCUAACGUUGUAUUAGUCCUCUUAUGGCCACGUCAGUCAGUUUUACUUCAUUUCCGCACGCAGGAUAUUAAUGAGUUGACACAGAGUAUUUACAUUCCUCGUGGUGUCAAUACUGAAGCAUUGAGUAGGACGGCGUCAUGGGAUUACCAGCCAGAAGGAUUCAAGGUUAGUUGUGUGUAUCAUGAAGUAGCAAAGUGGCCAUUCAAUUAUUGUCAUCCUACCUACACGUCUUUCCUCUGCAGAGUCUCCUACUGGGCAUUCCAAAAAAAACUGAUCUAAUCAAAAAACAGCAAGAGCGCAGCUCCCCUAGUGCCUUCAUUCUGAGGACUGAAUUGAGUACAAAAGAAUGUGUUUUUCAUUCAAGAAAGAAAAAAUAGCCAUCAUUCAGGUUUCAUAGCUGCACAAUCAAUUCUUACAAGCAAUGAACAAAUGUCAAUAUUCAAAAUUAAGUAGCCAACUGCUCUGAGAAAAGUAGUGCGUUUCGUUGGUCAUUGGUGCUUAUUGAAACCCCUGGACACUUUAUGAAACAUCAAAGCAUUUACCAGGAAAACUAUGCCUCAGUUUUCAACGUACUUAACUGUGUGGAUAAAAUAAAGUAGAACAUUUUCUUGUGCUUCAUGUGUUGCUACCAAAAACCAUGAUAAGUCUGUUGAUAUUGGACAAUUAUGGACCAGCAUUGUGCCAUGAUAGAUUUAUACUGACAUUCCUCAUGUUUCUUAGAUUGGAGACCAUGUGACUGGGGGCGAUAUGUUUGGUAUAGUACAUGAGAAUUCUCUCCUGAAGCACAGACUGGCACUUCACCCCAAGGCUCGGGGUACAGUUACAUAUAUCGCCCCAGCAGGAAGCUACACUGUUAAUGUAAGUAGCAUUUAAGCUAUUGACAUGAUAUUGUUUGACCCUUGCCUGCCCUGCAAAAGGCUAGACCUUCACAUAGCUCAGAUGACCACGUAAAGUGGUGGUCCAGUCUCCAGACUGCAAAAAUAUCACAGACGUAAAAGUAGUGUUCUCAAUUAGUACUUUAGUGCUAAAUACAUUGACAUCCAAAUAGAGUUUAUUUGUCUUGUUUUGUUUGUUCAAGAUGGCAGAUCAAUGUCCCCAAAUUAAUGAAUUGUUCGAAUGAUUUUUGCAGGAUGUUGUCUUGGAAACAGAGUUUGAUGGAGAGAAGACCAAACACACUAUGUUACAGGUGCUGUGUAGUUAAGGACUCUUUUAAUAAUGAUGGUCCUUUGUAUCAACGCCGGCUGCACUUCAUGUCCGACCACAGUAGGCCAUUUACGAGUUACGGUCAUUGGACAAGUCGCCCGAAAGUCAUCUCCCCCGAAGUUAUGUCGCGCGAAAUCAGAGUUAUGUCGCCCGACAUUUUUUGUCAAGUCGCCCAAAAUUUUGUCACGCUCAGCAACAUCGUAAUAGCGCUUGUUUCGAUUCAUCAAAUCCUUAAGAACAAGAUAUGUUACUCAUUUGACGUGCUUGUUUCGUUCCAUCAGGGCUAAAAGAACGCGAUGUUACACAUUCAUCUCGUUUGUUUCUUCUCUUCAUCUCAUAAAGAACGGGUUAUGACACACAUUCACCCCGGGCUUGUUUCGUUUCACCAUAGAUAACACUUAAAGAAGGAGACUUAAUUACACAAUUAUCCCGCUUGUUUUGUCUCAUUAUCGCUUAAACAACGAUAUAUAUUACACACACUAUUAAUUUUCGGGCGACUUGACUAAAAAUUUCGGGCGACAUGACUCUUGUUUCGGGUGAUAUAACUUCGUGCGAGAUGACGGGCGACUUGACCGGUAACCUAUGCAUUACAAUUUUGUCACACAAUUUUAGUUGGAAAUUGUCAGAUGAGUGACUGUUAUUCGCAGGAGGGAGCAUCAAAACGGAUUUGUUCUGCAGGUGAUUUGUCCCUUACAUACGUGACAUGAUUGGUUUCUCCUUACUGCAUGUUGUUAUUAAACCCAGAAAGGUAGUGGAACUUCAGAUUUCGGCAAACAAAACCCCGUUAAUACAGAUACUGAGGAGGCCGUAGAAAGUGUCCGUAUCAAGUGGGUCAUGUUAUUUCAGUCAAAAAACCACCUUUCCCGGGAACAAAAUACUUAAGAAAUAAAACAGGCAAUCGGCAUCGUCAGAUUAAUCAUCUCUGAGUUUCUCUAGUUGUCUGUACCGUAUAGCGCGAUUCGACUGUAUUUCUCUUCAAUCAAAGGCCCGUUACGGUGAGACGUUUCCACAGAUUUCAUACAUGAUCCUUUAAUUCGUAGUUACAGUUUUUAGCUAUCUCGUGAGACCGCGACUGUCGCAUCUUUCAAUACGAGAAUUCCGUUUCUAGAGACGCAGGGUCGCCCCUCCUUUUUGUUUGAUUAUAUGGAACAAUGAAAGAAAUUUCUUUGCAUUUUAGAUUUGGCCUGUACGGCAAAUGAGACCCGUAGCAGAAAAGCUUGCAGCAAACUAUCCCCUGCUAACUGGACAGAGGGUGCUGGACGCCUUGUUCCCGUAAGUUUCUUGAUUACAAUUUGUCUGUUAAGGUAGGGUAAAACGAGUAACUAAAACGAGCUACUUGCUUUGCAGCAUUGCUGCGAUGUUGCGCGUUUUUACUACCCACGAAUCAAACCUGUCUUGCACUCAACAAAUCAGGAUGUUACAGGUUGCGAAAAGUUGGUGCAAAAAGUAGAGACUAGCUUUUGCAACAAAAUCUGUACAUGUUGCACGUUUUACCGGCCCAAGGCAAACUUUUUUGGCAGCAAGUGACCCAAUUUCAACCAGUCAGUUGUUAGUAUUCACCCAACUUACAGCGACCUGUUUUCAUGCAGGACAAGUUUGGACGUGGGUGGUAAAACCUGCAACAUAGUUUUUCAAUUUGUUUUGCAGCGAUGUUGAAAAACAAGUUGCACGUUUUGACUGUCCGUUUUACCUUCGCUUAAACGACUAGAACAUAAUAAUGAAUAUUUCUUUCUGGCAAUUUGCUAGGCUUAUGGUUUUGUUCUUGACAAUAAAUUAAGACUCGAACUUUUGUCGUUGUCGCAAUUUUAGAUGUGUACAAGGUGGCACAACAGCUAUCCCAGGUGCCUUUGGUUGUGGAAAGACUGUCAUCUCGCAGUCUUUGUCCAAGUUUUCAAACUCCGACGUCAUAAUCUAUGUCGGUUGUGGAGAGAGAGGAAAUGAAAUGUCAGAAGUAUUGAGAGAUUUUCCUGAGGUAAAUGGGCUUUAUAUUUUUCGUUGUGAAGCUGCGCCUCUGGUAAAUCAGGUUUAAGCAUCAGGGAUAGGUGUCUUUUGGGCCUCGUGGCAUAGGAAUGGUAAAAUCGAGACUUUGCGAGAAUGCGAGACCCUUGUUGCAAAAUUCGAGACCGAGACUCAAGCGCUUUCAUCAAAUCCGAGCCCGAGGCAAUACUUCUUAAAACUCUAAGCUACGAAAUACAUGAGAUACUGGUACAAAUAAAGCUAAAUAAAAUGACCGAAAACGCCAAUAGAAGCUAGCGGAAACCCACCAGUAGACUGCUUUGUCUUGUUUUUACUUUCUUAAUUUACUAGUUGAGUUCGAUUUAUAAGCUGUACCCAUGAACUCUGAAAAAUUCGACUCCUGAAGACCAAACGGAAGAUAUAAAGACAAAUCCGGGACUCCGAGACCUGUCGGCAAAAAAAAUCGAGACUCCGGGACGUAUGACUGAUUGCCCGAAAACCCGACUUCGAUACCCAGGGGGGGGGGGGGCAUCAAAAACGCGUCACGUUUUAGUAUGUACCAAAUCAGUUGAUAUCAAUGCGCUGACACUGUAAGUGUUAGUCCAGUGAAUCUGGGAUUGUCUCGGUGGCAGUCGUACAUGAGGAUAAUAACAGGCGUUAAUGCCUUUCUUAAGUUAACAGUUGAGCUUGGUGGAGUGACUGAAUCCAUUAUGAAGCGUACUGCUUUGGUCGCUAAUACCUCGAACAUGCCUGUGGCUGCAAGAGAAGCCUCCAUCUACACUGGUACGUUACUAAGUUUUACGACACAAUACUACACCUUCAGCCCCUGCGGAUUAAUUCCUUGUGAUCUUGUUGGCUUAAAAGUAUCACAUGAUGUCAACUAGGAUGUCUCGGCAACAUUAUCUCUCUGCCCUUAGCGUCAUGAUUUUAUAUUUAACCGCCAAAAGGUUUUCCCUUCUUUGCUACUGAUCUUUCAAAUCCCAAAAACUAUUAGUAAUGGUAACAGGACUGAGUGGAGUCCAAUUCGGUCUGUAAUCAUACGAGUUAUUAAGAAGGAGUCCGAUUUGUUUAAUCAAGAGUACGAUUACAGACAGAAUUAGACGACACGAAGUUCUGUUACCAAUUAAUCAUAACUUAAAUAAAAUUUAUGAUAUAUAAGGAUCUUUUUUAAACCAAAACACAAGAAAUUCCAAGAUCUUGUUUUUAAGCGCGCGUGAUGGCGCGUACUGUCCUAUUAAACUGUCUUAUUAAGGCUGACAUCAGGGCAGUUGAUAGCCAAUCAGAUUUGAGAAUUGUGUUUUAGUUAAGCGAAAUCCCGCUUAAGUGUGACAAAUUAAAAGAAACCUUUUUAGUAGUACUGAAAUGUUAAAAAAAGUGAUAAUGUUGGGGCUUCAUUUUUGUUUUCAUGAUCCUGGCCAGAAACUUCCAAAACCCACCCAAAUAGACACAAGAGAAAAACAUGUUUAUGAACUAAGGAGACAAAGUAAUAGUUUUCCCAUGAAUAUAUCAUAUAACAGUUACAUGACCAGUACGUCAUCCACCCUUCCUCUAGGUAUCACCUUGUCUGAAUAUUUCCGCGACAUGGGUUAUAACGUGAGUAUGAUGGCCGAUUCCACUUCCCGUUGGGCCGAGGCUCUCCGUGAGAUUUCUGGACGAUUGGCAGAAAUGCCUGCAGGUAUGGUAUAACGUGACACAAUUUCCUAACCCAAACUGUAUAUCCUCAGACGAAGGAGAUACGCGUUUAAGAGGGCUGCUUUAUUAUUGUUGUCAUGCAGUCAUUUACCACAACUUAAGCGUUUACUAAAACCUUGAGUGCAGAAGAACAGCAUACGUAAGCUUACAGACAGACACGCUAAAAGAAGGCUUUGAUGGGUAAACUGAGAAUGGUCAAGCCUAUAACUUAGAAAUACAUCUCCCCGUUUUUUUAAAGCUAAUUGAAAGUCAACUUCUCUGUCUUGUGUGGCCGUGAUUUUCUCAGGUAAAGACUGCUAUUGUGCUAAUGUAAAGAUUUAAGCUAACAAUAACUUAGGGCUGUCAUUAAGGUUUUAAGGUUCUUAAAAGUGGCUGGUCUUUCAGAGAAAGUAGAGUAGUGACUAAAAAGCCUGGCUGUUGACUAGCAAUAACAGUACUGAAUUUUUAGAAAAAGAAAAGAAAAAUGCUGAAGAAAAAAUGGUGUAUUCAAACAACUUUGUUAACUGUAAUUCUUAAGUUCUUAAAUGACACUGAUAUGUAUUCCUCGUUUUUCAGAUAGUGGUUACCCAGCAUACCUUGGUGCCCGACUAGCCUCAUUCUAUGAGCGCGCAGGUCGCGUUCAAUGCCUUGGCAACCCAAACAGGGAGGGUAGUGUGUCAAUUGUCGGUGCAGUAUCCCCUCCCGGUGGAGAUUUCUCCGAUCCUGUCACCUCUGCUACUCUGGGUAUAGUUCAGGUUUGUAAAACAGAUGUUAGUUGCGAGGGUUUACAUUUUUAUUGUACAUUUUGAUGCAUGUUGUGUAUGGAAUUGGAUGUUAUUACAGUUUUGCCAACGAGAGCGAAUAAAAACAGAAAAACAAGACGUUUAAUAUAAACAACCACUGCGAACCUCAAUAUAGUGUUUUCCGUAUAAACCAAGGGUUCGAUACAAGCGAACGCUAAAAUGUAGCUCGGGUGUUUUUGAUUACUCCGAGAAGUUAUAUUUUAUGUUUCUCUGCUAAUCUCUUGUCCUCAAAAGCCAGCACUUCCACCCUGAAAUUUCCGUUCCUCGAUGAACACACGAACACUUGUUUGUAGCUGUUUCUCUUGUUUAGUGGGUAAACAAAUAGCCUGCGAACGAGCGGAGGAAAGCUACAACCGAAAAUACGGCUGCAUUUACAGGCUAACAAACAGAUGACAAUGACAUUUCCCCCGGCUUAUUCCUUUUGACCAGCCAAGAGUUAAGGUGUGGUAUAUUUGCGUUGCAGGUAUUUUGGGGUUUAGACAAGAAGCUGGCUCAAAGAAAGCACUUCCCUUCCAUCAACUGGCUUAUAAGUCACAGUAAAUACUUGAGAGCCUUAGAUGAUUUCUACGAGAAAAACUACUCUGAAUUCGUAGCUCUUAGAACAAAAGUAAGUAAAGGCUUCUUUUCGGUGCCAUUUCAAUGAUAAAUUUCUUAGAGCCUUCAAAAUUCAAGGCAAGAAGAACGUCAAGUUUAUUAUGUUAAACACGACGAAGCAAAACGUAGCUUGCGAAAAACUGCCGAAGGGGUGUUGUAUAAGUAGUAACACCAUAGAAUUUGACUGUCAAACUCAAAACUCGAAACAAAAUGACACUGACCUAUUCCUAAAUUAGAGUGGUUACUCUUCCUUAAGCAGUUCUAACUUUGAAGUUGAUGAGGUAUGUUGAAAGCUUGAUGUCAAACAUCUCGGUUUGGUUUAUAGUCUGGUAUUAAGAAAAUACCACUUAAAAUCACGAAAACAUACGACAAUUAUCAACAAUUAUUGAUUAUUUCUGACAUAUCUAUUAUUUUGCCCUUAGGUCAAAGAAAUCUUGCAAGAGGAAGAAGAUUUAUCCGAGAUAGUGCAGCUUGUAGGAAAGGCAAGUCGUGUGUUUAAACUUGACUGCUCAGCCGGAAUUUAUAUACAGACCAUUAACUUUUGUAUGUACAGAAUGUUUUUCGGGCUGUGCGAUGUUAUUGUAUUCUUUUUCACAAUGGUAGCGUUGAUCGAGCUCCAAGGAGAAGGUGCGAACUUUUUUUGAGAUGAAGUUCUAGAGAGGGUUGGGAGGGCCGUCCCCGUCUUCUCUUGUGGGUGGGCGCUCGAUCAAGUUUGAAGGGCAGAAUGCAGUAAGAGUCACCUCCCUAGAGAACACCGAUCUCACAGGAAUGCGUUAAACUAGACUGGGUGUGAUUAACUCUGUGAUGUAGUCUAUAUUUCGAGUGCUGAGAAUACAUGUAAUCUUGAUUUUCCACCCGCAGGGUUCAUUGGCUGAAGCAGAUAAAAUCACGCUCGAGGUAGCCAAACUUAUCAAAGAUGACUUCUUACAACAGAAUGGUUACUCUCCGUACGAUCGUUACUGUCCUUUCUACAAGACAGUCGGUAUGCUGUCCAACAUUGUAGCAUUUUACGACAUGGCACGACACGCCGUGGAGACAACUGCACAGUCCGAUAACAAGAUCACUUGGGCAGUCAUUAAAGAAAAUAUGGGGCAGACUAUUUACCAGUUGUCAAGUAUGAAAUUUAAGGUCAGUCAUGGUUAUUUGUUUACUUUUUUAUAACCUGCGAUCAAAUACAAAACACUUACUACUCGAUCUGCCCAACAAGACCAAGAAGACAACAGGAGACAGGGCGUUCUUUUCAGCCGCGCCGACCCUGUGGAACGCCCUUCCAGACGAGUUGAAAGCUUUGGGCAGUCUCAAAACUUUUAUGACACGGUUAAAAACUCAUUAUUUUAAACCGGCAACGCAAAAAACCUAUAAUAUUUUAAACAUCACCCACGCAUAUGAUAUUUUUAUCUAGUAUCCAUUUAUUAACUAUUUAGAAAAGCUGUCAUUUUUUAUCCAUUUCAUUAUAGUAUUAUAGGCAUUGUAAUGUAAAGCGCAUUAGGUCAUAUACCAAUGUAUUUUGCGCUAUAUAAAUAAUAAAGUUAAAAGCUAUGUUAAAGUUAUGUCCCGUUGGUUGACGGUUUUCAGCGGCCUUUAAGCCCCCGUGGGUACUCCCUCAUAUAAGGCUUGUGUCACCCUAGAGGGUAGGGUUUUUGCGCCGUUUCAGUCUGGAAACAGUAAACGGGUCUUGUCUUUACCCAUUUAGGUCUGGAAUAGGGUAUAGUCUUCAAGGGAACUAUUUUUAAGACAUCUUUUUGUUCGUGUUCAGAUUUAAGUAGUGAUCAUAAUUUCAUGUCGCAUUUGUGACCCUGAAAAGGGGUAUGAAAAAAUAAAAUGCCAAUUUUUUGGUCUGAAUUAGGGUCAGGAUUUGGAGAACCGGGCGGCAUACCCCCCUACGAAGAAUUCCUAUUAUUAUCACUACACGCGUCCAAAUGACAAACUGCCCUCUCUAAAACGCCCCUUUUCGCUGGCCAAACGGCAAAGUGCAAUCUGUAAAUGGAAUUUGCAGCCCGCAACAUGAUUUCGUGUUAAACAAUCUUUCCUUAUGAAAUACAUUUGUGCGAUUUGGCCUUGUGUAUUGAUAAUAAUGAUAAUCACAUGACCUUUGUCGGGCAUAUACAGUCGAACCUCCAUGUGCGACCACCUCCCAUAAGCGACCGCCAAUCCGAAACACCAAAAUUUUCCCUGUCAAAGCCUUACAGUUGGAACCUCUAGUAAACGACCACCUCCUGUAAGCGACCGCGACCACUUUUUGGGCCUGAAAGUUUAACGAUUUUCUAUUGUUUUUAAGCUUUUGUAAGCGACAACUUGACGCAUUCUCUGAUCUCUACGUACGCUAUGUGCACUAUGCUACUUGGAAUAUACGACAUGUAUGAAGAACGUAACUUGGAAAUUGCAUGCAAUAGAUAAUCUUCCAUAAAAUAGAUGUGCCUGGCACUCUUCUCGGAAGAGACCCCUGUGGUUCGAUUCUUGUGAACGACCACCUCCCGUAAACGACCACUCAGUCUUUGCAUUUUGGGUGGUCGCUUACGGGAGGUUCAACUAUAGUUUAUUUGUGUCCCUCGUAGCAUCAUUUGCACCCUUGCUCCGCUCGGGGCAAAUGAUGCUACUAGGGCCACUAUGCCCGACAAAAGCUCCGCCUGCUGUCGCGUCUCCUCUCGCGCUUCUACUUUUCACGACAUUCCCCAAAAUGGAGAGCUUGCUCGCAGCUUGUCAUUGUAAUUAUGUAUUUCUUUCCUUCAUAGGACCCUAACAAAGAUGGCGAAGCUAAAAUUAAAGCAGACUUUGCAGAGCUUAAUGAACAAAUGCAGCAAGCGUUCCGGUCGCUGGAAGAUUAAGAAAUGAAUGACUCGACUUAGAAUAAUAAACCUCGUACAGCUUGUGAACACUCAAAAAAUGGACAAACUACCUAGUAAAUCAAAAUCAUUCUACCAAAGAAGAAGGAAACUGCUAUCCCUGGUUGCUGGUUUGCACUGCGUACAAGCAAUCAUUCCAGAUGUGAGAGCCAAUUGUUGUUGAACGUGAUUUUUAAUUUACGACUCAUUACCGUUUGUACUGCAUGGUUUCGGUGAAAUACGGGGUUCCAUAGACAG